AUGAGGAGCCCAUUCCAAUAUGCUGGCUUGGUUCUUAUCAUCUUUGGAAUACUAAGCAUAUUCUCUGGGAUCUUUGCUUUCUUUCCAGUAUUUUCCUACAAGAUUUGGUUCACUGGAUGGAGUGCCUGGAUCGCUUGUCCCAUCUGGAAUGGAGCUUUGGUAGUUACUGUUGGUAUUCUUGUCCUCUGGGCUCACAAAAAGCAGACACAAAGAUCUCUGUGGGAAGCUGGUUUCACCUUUGCCAUCUUGAGUGUCAUUGGAUGCCCACUUCAAAUGGUAAUUGCCAUACAAUCUGCUCUUCUGGGGCCAUAUUGCUACUACUCAUUCUCAGGAAUUGCUGGAACCAAUUAUCUCGGUUAUGCAGUGAUGUUUCCUUUUCCGUAUAUGAGAUACCCAUCAAUAUGUGUGGAUCCGCCCCACUAUGAAGAGUACCACCUGAUUCUACAAACCCUCGACCUGGCUUCCGGUUUGGCCAUGCUCUGCACAUCUCUUACUGUGCUGGUCAAGCUUUCCUUGAGGCUCUUACGGUUUGGAGACUUAAAUGUAAGUUCUCAGAAACAAUGA